AUGAUGGAGAGCCAGCCGCUGCAGGACCCGACGGCCACGGCUCCGGCCCCUGGAUCUGCGGAGCCAGCCGGAGCUCCGCCUGCCGUCACCCCCGGCAAGGAGUUCACGCGCACCUGCAAGGGCCUCGUCGUCGUGCUCAUCGGAGGAUACGUGCUGCUCCAGCUCCUCCCCUCGUCACUCAACUACCUCGCCAUCAUCCCCUCCAAGACAAUCCCCUAUGUAUGGACCGUCUUCACCGCUGGUUACAUCGAGCAAGUCCUCCCAGGGGCCAUUGGCAGUUCUCUUGGUCUUCUCUUUUGUGGAAAGGACAUUGAACCUGCAUGGGGCCGCAAGGAAUUCUUGAAGUUCAUUAUUUUGAUCAACUCCAUCUGUGGCAUUCUUGCAUUUUGCUUUGCUAUUGGACUCUACUACGUCACCGGAAAGGAGAGCUUCCUUGUGACACCACUUUCUGGUUUCCACGGUUGCCUUGCCGGCUUUCUUGUGGCCCUGAAGCAGCUCUUACCAAACCUUGAGCUUCCUAUGUGCUUUUUCUGGAAAAUAAAGGCAAAGUGGAUGCCAUUCUUUGUUGUAUGUUUCUCAAGUAUCAUGGCCUUCAUCGUGCCUGAUUCCAUUAACUUCCUGCCAACUUUGGUGUCCGGGAUGUAUGUUAGCUGGCUUUACCUGAGAUACUUCCAAAGGAACCCACUGACUGGACUUAAGGGUGAUCCCAGUGAUGACUUCUCCUUCCCCAGUUUAUUCCCAGCUGCCAUGAGACCAGUUACAGACCCUGUGGCCAACUUGUUUGAUAGGAUGUUGUGUGCAAGGUCUAGGCCUUCGGAAGUGGCUCUCCCAAUUUCAGAUCCUACCAAGGCUUCAAGAAGAAGGGAGCGUGGCGAGAGGGUUCUUGAGGAAAGGUUGGCAGCCGACAGUGCUGGUGACACAGAAGCCGUGCCUCACGGCCAUGGCACCGUGGAAGACUGA